AUGAUGAUGUAUACGGGUACUAGUACGGAGCAGGACACCCGCUUCAGUGACAAGGAGAAGAAGUUGAUGAAGCAAAUGAAGUUUGGGGAUUGUUUAACUCAGCAGGUGGACAUGUCCAAGGUGAAGCUGGAUGUGCUGAAGCCAUGGAUCACACAGAAGAUCACGGAAAUCUUGAAGAUGGAAGAUGAUGUAGUAAUUGACUAUGUCAACAACCAGCUUGAGGAGAAGUUCCCUUGUCCCAAGAAAAUGCAGAUCAACCUUACUGGGUUCUUGAACGGAAAGAACGCGCGGCUCUUCAUGGGUGAGCUGUGGGAACUGCUGCUGAGUGCCCAAGCCAGUGAAAAUGGUAUUCCAGAGUCUUUCACACAACAGAAGAAAGAAGAAAUUAAGAAAAGAAUGGAAGAACAACAGAAGGAUAAAGAUAAAGACAAGGACCGGCGCAGGUCGCGAACACGGUCGCGGUCUCGUCGCAGGUCCCGGGAGCGGCGGCGCUCACGGUCCAGAUCACGAGAUCGUUCUUCUGAUAGAAAACAUCGCAAUGGCGGAAGCCCGCGACGGUCGAGGCGCCGCAGUCGCGAUAGGAGUAGCCAGUCCAAGUCUUCACAUGUAGAAGAAAUUAAACCAGCUGAACCGAAAGAAAAUGGAAAAUCUCCUGAGAAGAAAGAAGAGCCGGAGGUAAAGGAGGAGAUCAACCACAACACUGCAGUUGACCCUAUCAAGGAAGAGGUGAAGGAAACUGUUGUUAAGGAAGAUAAAAAUGAAGAUGAAGGAAAUAAGUCUCGAUCAGUGUCACCUGCCAAGUCUACUGGGGAGAAACCAUCUGAAGAAAAACCCGCUGAUAAGUCUGCCAGGCGAUCAUCUAGCGAAAGACGAUCCACAUCCGUGUCAUCACGAGGGAGUGCCAAGAAGAGGUCGUCACACAAGAAGCGUCAAUAUCGGUCCAACCGCGAUUCAUCGACCAGUGUCAGUCCUAGACGCAGUUCUCGCAGAGAAAGGUCGCGAGCCCGAGAGAGUUCGGCUCGUCCGGCGAGUCCGAAACCGAGUAAGUCUCGCCGCCGCAGCAGUCGCCGCCGGUCAUUGGAGCGCCGCGACAGGGAGCGCGAGCGGGAGCGGGAGAGGGAGCGCGAGAGGGAACGCCGCCGCCGCGAGAGAGAGCGCCGAGAGAGGUCUCGUGAACGUCGCCGUUCACUGGAAAGACGCAGGCGAUCGCGUUCUCGUUCACGUAGGCGCGCAACUAGAGAGAGGUCUCGCGAUCGUCGGCGAUCCCGAUCUCGAAGGCGAUCUGCGUCUCGUUCACGGCGUCGUUCUGGUCGUCGCUCACGUGAUCGACGCUCAAGGGAUAGAAGAUCCAGAGACAGGCGUUCGAGAGAUAGGUCCAGGGAUAGGAGAUCGAAAGACCGCACCAAGGACAGGAGGUCAAGAGACAGGAAGUCGAGAGAUCGCAGAUCCAGCGACUUAAUCAAAGAAAGAUUAGAAAAAUCAGUUUCUAUCCCUCGUAAAGAAAACCUGGAGAAGCUGCAUAAAAAGUCGUCUGAGCGAAAAUCAUUACCACGGGAGCAGUCUAAAGAGCGAGUGGCAUCUAGUACGAGUAGGGAAUCUUCUGUUGCAAAUGACAAACCUAUUCCACAAACUGAUGACCAAGUCAAACCAGCUCAUUCAUCUGACGACGAAGACAGAGAAGAUAUUAUUGCUAUUCCGCCGUUGCGUGAAUUUUCGAAGAGCUUGUCGCGUACACCCUCUCCUUUCUUAAGAAAACACGAAAUUGAACACAAGAAGUCUGACAGAUCUGGGGACGAAGCAUCAGCAAAGGAACAAAAUGAAGAAGAGUCUAAGCCCAGAGAAGUGAAGAAAGCAAAACGCAAGACACAACAAUCUGAAUCAGAAAGCGAGAGCAGUGAAGAAGUUUUGAAAGCCAAGUCUAAGUCAAAAGUUAAACGCAAGGACAAAGCUACUUCGAAGAAAACCAAGAAACCUAAGAAAGAAAGUUCCUCGAGUGAAAGUGAUUCAGAAGAUAGUUCUUCCAGCGAUUCUGAAGAUGAUAGGAAGAAGAAGAGCAAAAAGAGCGCUAAAAAGAAAUUAGCAAAAAAAUCACGCAAGAAAAGAGCACGUUCAUCUAGUUCAGAAUCGAGUUCGGAAGAAGAAGUGAAACAUAAGAGCUCGAAAUCUAAGCAAAAGAACAUUCCAGAAGAAUCUGAUGUCGACAAAAAGUCGAAAAAGCGUAACAAAGACAAUACCAUUGAACAUUCAAGGUCAGAAAAGGGAGAAGGCAAGCAAAGCAAGUCAAAGAAAGUAGAGAACACUGAUGAUUCUCGCGAUGACAGCUCUGACAGUGAUGAAAAGUCGAGUAAGAAGAAGCCCGUUAAGCGAGAUACGAGUUCCGAAAAAGAAACUAGACGGUCAAAGAAGUUAGAUACAACUAAAGAACGUGCAGCUUCACCAGAUGGUGUUAAAAGUAGAAAAACAGAAGAAAAAGUUACUAAAACCAAACAUUCGGAGGAAGUUAAAUCUAAGUCACGCGAAGAUACUGAAAAGAAGGCCAAAAAACGUGAGAAAGAGGAAUCGUCGUCAGAUAGCGACCAGGUGUCUAAAAAGAAGGCUAGGAAGAAGGUGUCCGAAUCGGAUUCGGAAUCUGAUAGUGAUGAGCCUAAAAAGUCAAAGAAGGCCAAGAAACAUAAGAAACACUCUAAGAAGCAUAAGAAACACAAAAAGCAUAAGAAAGCUUCAAAAAAGAAGGAUGACUCCUCUGAUAGUGAUGAAGCCGAGGAAGAGGAGGAAGAGGGUAAGGUAAAUAACGAAGAUUUAGAAAAGAAACUUCGUGAAAGAGCAUUGAAAUCGAUGAAAAAGCAAACUAGUGUUUCAGGGUCUGACUAG